AUGAGUCCACCACUCCACCCGCCGGCGGUCUACAUAGAGAUAUCACGCACCACCACGAGUGGCCCACUGCCCCACAAGACGUAUAGAACUAGCGCACCAUGGUCCAUUUCCAUGGACCAAGUCCAUGCUAUUUUCCCCAAAAGAAAGUCCACGGCACCUCGCCCCCCUUCACAGAACGGCAGCGCUAACGACCGAGGCUGCCCCCUAAUCCCCAAUUUCCUGGGCACCCAACACGUCACUGUAGUAAGCUCAAUCGCCUCGAGCAACAAGAGAUCUCACCAGCUAAUUCGAUCCUGCGUCCGAUUCGGGUCCUCGCCCGCCAUGGGGUUCGACAAGGAGGCGAGCUCCUCCUCCUCCGGCCUCGACGCGGCGGCGCUGCUGCCGAAGCACGGCGGCGCGGGCGUCGGCGCCCGCCUGUCGUCGCAGCCCAAGACCUUCGCCAACGUCUUCAUCGCGGUGGUCGGGUCGGGCGUGCUGGGCCUCCCCUACACCUUCUCCCGCACGGGCUGGGCGGCGGGCUCCAUCCUGCUCCUCGCCGUGGCCGGGCUCACCUUCCACUGCAUGAUGCUGCUCGUCGCCUGCCGCCGCCGCCUCGCCGACGAGCACCCCAAGAUCGCCUCCUUUGGGGACCUGGGCGCCGCCGUGUACGGCGCCGCGGGCCGCCACACCGUCGACGCCAUGCUCGUGCUCAGCCAGGCCAGCUUCUGCGUCGGCUACCUCAUCUUCAUCGCCAACACCUUGGCGCACCUCCACCCCAUCGGGGACCCGUCCGAGUCCUCGCCUCUCCUCACGGCCAAGGCGCUCUUCAUCUGGGUCAUGCUUCCGUUCCAGCUCGGGCUCAACUCCAUCAAGACGCUCACGCUCCUCGCGCCGCUCAGCAUCUUCGCCGACGUCGUGGAUCUCGGCGCCAUGGGCGUCGUGCUUGGCCAGGACGUGUCCACGUGGCUCACAGAAAGGCCCCCCGUGUUCGCCUUCGGGGGCCCCACCGAGCUCCUGUACGGCCUCGGCGUCGCCGUCUACGCGUUCGAGGGCAUCGGCAUGGUCCUGCCGCUGGAGGCGGAGGCCGCGGACAAGCGCAAGUUCGGCGGCACGCUCGGGCUGUCCAUGGUAUUCAUCGCCGUCAUGUACGGGCUGUUCGGCGCCAUGGGCUACCUCGCCUUCGGCGCGUCCACGCGGGACAUCAUCACCACCAACCUCGGCGCCGGGUGGCUGUCGGUCACCGUGCAGCUGGGCCUCUGCAUCAACCUCUUCUUCACCAUGCCGGUGAUGAUGAACCCGGUCUACGAGGUCGCCGAGCGCCUGCUCUACGGGAAGCGCUACGCCUGGUGGCUGCGCUGGAUCCUGGUCGUGUUCGUGGGGCUCAUGGCGAUGCUCGUGCCCAACUUCGCCGACUUCCUCUCGCUCGUCGGGAGCAGCGUCUGCGUCCUGCUCGGGUUCGUGCUGCCGGCCGCAUUCCACAUGAAGGUGCUAGGCGCCGAGAUCGGGUGGCCUGCGCUCAUCGCUGAUGUGGCUGUCAUCGUCGUCGGCCUGGCGCUCUCGGCGUCUGGGACAUGGACGUCGCUCGCGCACAUGUUUGGUGCUUCCAACGCGUAA